AUGUCAAAAGCCCGAGUAAGUCCAUUGCAAUCUAUUAGUAUACCACGACUUGAGUUACUUGGAGCUGUCCUCGGUUUACGACUUGCAGAGAAGAUUGUCAAGGCAUUGAAGCUGGAAACUAAGGACGUAACUGUAUGGUGUGAUAGUUUUAAUGUUUUAUGGUGGAUAAAAAAUCAAAGUCGAAAGUUGAAACCAUUUGUUGCCAACCGCGUUGGAUUCAUUCAAUCAAAGAUUGAACUAAAACAAUGGAGAUACAUACCAACAAAAACUAAUGUAGCUGAUUUACUAACAAGAGGAACAACAGUUAAAGAAUUAGAAAGCAAUUAUGUAUGGUGGCAUGGACCAAGUUUCCUUAAUUCUUUAGAAGAAAAAUGGCCACAGAAUCACAUUGAAGUUACACAAGAGGAUUCAAUUGAAGUAAAGAAAAAUCCAGUAUUAAUGAAUUUUGCAUUAUCCACUGAAGUAACAAAGAUAAACGGCUGGAUCCAUUGGUUUAUAGGAAAUUGUCGAUUUGAAACAGACUUUCGUAAAAAGGGUAAUAUAGCAGCUGAUAAAUAUCAUGAAAGCGAAAAAGAAAUCAUAGCUAAAGCUCAAAAAGAAAGCUUUAAAGAAGAAUAUAGCAACAUUGAAAAAGGAAAACCGAUAUCGAUAUCAAGCAAAAUUAUUUCUUUAAAUCCACAAAUUGACGAAGACGGAUUAUUGCGAUCUUGCAGUCGAUUGCAAAAUGCCCAUUACUUACCCUACGAUGUCAAGUAUCCAAUCAUUUUGCCGAGAGGACAUACAAUAACAUGUUUGAUUGUUAAGCAUUACCAUGACGAAGCCAAUCAUGUGAUGGGAACAAAUCAAUUAUUAACAAAACUCUCAGAAAGAUAUUGGGUAAUACGAGGACGAGAAGAAAUCCGAGAUGCAGAAGCAAAAUGCAACAAAUGUAAAUUAAGAAGAUAUAAACCUGCUUAA